CUGCAAAUCAAAUACGUACAACUGAGAGAUGCUGGUCUAUACGAGUGCCAGGUCUCGACUCAUCCUCCUACAUCAAUAUUUGUCCAAUUAGAUGUGGUCGAGGCCAAAGCGGAAAUAUUCGGGCCAUCGGAUAAAUACCUGAAGCCUGGUUCGACGCUACGGCUCACCUGUCGAGUGGUGCAAAGCAACGAACCUCCGUUGUAUAUCUUUUGGUACCACAACAACCGCAUGAUCAACUACGAUGUCCACCUGGGGGUGAAUGUGUCCACCGAAGCCGAUAACCGCUUCUCGGAACUGGUGAUAACGCACUCCAACACUCUCAACUCGGGAAAUUAUUCCUGCGUGUCAAACAAUGCAGUGGCAGCUUCCACCUAUGUGCACAUUUUGAACGGUGAAAACCCAGCGGCGAUGCAACACGGUGACCACGGCAAUGGCGUCCUGGUGGGGACCCAUCUCCAUCUGCUGGUGACGGUUGUAACAUAUCAGAUCAUCAACUUGUUAUUGUGUGCACAUUGAAAAUAAUUGUAGAAAAUAAAAUCUCCCCGGCGGCGCGCGCUGCUCCGGAGGGACCCAUCACCCUGAACUCGGAUGAUGGUGAUGGCAGAGACCCCGAUCGACGCGACGCGAUGGGUAGGGAUACGACGGUUCAGAAGUGCAAACAAACAAGCAAACAAAUUAUAGGUAAAUAUUUAUCGAUGACAAGAAACCAUGACCGAUAAGCCAAAAUAAAGGCAGUAUCUGCUGCUGGAGAAAAAUGUCGACCGGAUUUGCACGAUGGACGAACGGUUACCGGUUUGUGUGAAGGAGAGGAAAAAAAAGAGAACCAAGCCCAUUCGGAUAAGUGGGAUAAAGGGAAAAUCCUGUCAGCAAAAUAAACAAAUUUACGCACCAUCACGGUCGCUCGAUGCAGCAGCAUAUUGUGGAAUACGCCGCGACUGGGAUGGGGAGUGAGCUGUGGUUGUUGAUAGAUUAAAUUAAAAAAAUUGUAUUAUGAAAAUUGGUUUGCUGAACAAGUUUAUUUAAAUAAUGGAUAUUUUCAUAUUGGAUGAUUUUUAUGUUUAUUUUCUACCUAUAUUGGAAUAAAGAAAUUUUGAGAGGCAUCAAAAUUUGAGCAUUCACUGUUGUGUUGCAGAACAACAAUCGAGCAUGAUUUGAACGAAAGAAAAAAAAAUGAAGGAUGUGAACAUAUAAUCGCGUGCAAUAUAG